CGCGCAUGCGCAGGCGGCAGCUGUCAUCGGCGCAGGGAGCUGGGCGUCCCGCGGGAACCGGCAGGAAAAAGACCCGAGGGGGAGCGGAGUUGCUGCCGUUCCCCCUCCCCCUCCUCAGUCCGCGGCUGCACGCGUAACCAUCUCCCGGACAGCAUGCCCACCCCUGGUCCCCCACCAUGUUAAAGUUAGUGCUUUAGGAAUGCUUGGCUUGGUUUGGGAACGCUUGACUUGAUACUAGACAGCUGGAUUGAAAGUCAACCACAAUGGCUGCCGUCAUCUCAGAUAGUCCUCCAAACCCAAGCUGCAAAAUCAUGACUUUUAGGCCUUCAAUGGAUGAAUUCAAGGAGUUCAACAAAUAUUUAGCUUACAUGGAAUCACAAGGUGCUCAUAGGGCUGGAGUUGCAAAGGUUAUCCCACCAAAGGAGUGGAAGCCAAGAAAGCAUUAUAAUGAUAUUGAAGAUUUGGUGAUUCCUGCUCCAAUUCAGCAGAUGGUCACUGGCCAGUCGGGGCUCUUCACGCAGUACAACAUUCAGAAAAAGCCAAUGACAGUAAAGGAGUUCAAGCAGCUGGCCAACAGUGACAAAUACUGCACCCCAAGAUACGUAGAUUAUGAAGAUCUGGAGCGUAAAUACUGGAAGAACUUGACUUUUGUGGCACCAAUUUAUGGAGCAGAUAUCAAUGGGAGCAUUUAUGAUGAAGGUAUUGAGGAAUGGAAUAUUGCCCAUCUUAAUACAAUAUUGGAUGUUGUAGGAGAAGACUGUGGAAUUUCUAUUGAGGGUGUAAAUACACCAUAUCUAUAUUUUGGCAUGUGGAAAACAACAUUUGCAUGGCACACUGAAGACAUGGAUCUCUACAGUAUUAAUUAUCUUCAUUUUGGGGAGCCAAAGUCAUGGUAUGCUAUUCCUCCAGAGCAUGGGAAACGGCUUGAAAGACUAGCUCAAGGGUUCUUCCCAAGCAGUUCUCAAGGAUGUGAUGCUUUUUUUCGCCACAAGAUGACUCUGAUUUCUCCAUCAAUAUUGAAAAAGUAUGGAAUUCCUUUUGACAAGGUUACACAAGAGGCAGGAGAAUUUAUGAUUACUUUCCCAUAUGGAUACCAUGCAGGAUUUAACCAUGGUUUUAACUGUGCAGAGUCAACAAACUUUGCCACCAUCCGAUGGAUUGAUUAUGGAAAAGCAGCAAAGUUGUGCACUUGUAGGAAAGACAUGGUGACAAUAUCCAUGGAUGUCUUUGUGAGGAAGUUUCAACCAGACAGGUACCAGCUGUGGAAACAAGGCAAGGAUUUAUACACCAUUGACCAUACAAAACCAACUCCUGAAUCAACACCCGAAGUAAAGGCCUGGCUACAGAGAAGAAAGAAAACAAAGAACUUUCCCAAGGGCUUCCAGCACACCAGAUCCCGAUCUAAAAAGCUUAAAACUCCAGAGGACAAGAGAGUAUCUGCUAUGGUAGCUGGUGCAGAAAUCAUAACGACUGAAGCAGCUAGUGAUGGCUUCAAGGUCAGUGAAGAACCUGGAAAAAAAGUGAGACUGGUAAACACAGGAGUGCCUUCUGGGGAAGAAGAAAACAGUAGUAGAAUGCACCUGGAUCAACAUUUAUUGGAUAAUGUCAAGGUUGCAGGAAGCAUCCAUUCAGACUCAUUUUCAAGCCCUAUUCCUGUACUAGAGAAAACAAAAAUGGAAGAUGAGGACAGGACAGAUUCCAGUCAUCCUUUCUUUACGUGUGAAGGUUCUGUGGCCUCCAUGCUUGCUUCUGAUAACUGUAGCAAAGAAGAGAGUUUGAAAUCUCAGAAUCAGUCUGUUUCAUCAGUACCAUACCAUAAGUCAGAGGGACAUGCUUCUGAAGCAGAAAAACCAAAUAACGAGGAAAAUGUCUCGAUAGAGGAUGAUGUCAGCGACCUAGAAAGCUGUGGAGAUAGCUUGGAACAUAGAGAACUGCCUGUUGUAAAGAAGGAUGAAGAAGAUGGCAUGGAAACAUCCAGUUCACUGGAAGCUGAAAAAAAGAAAAUAUCUAAGAGUUGGCGUCAUCCACUAAAUAAACCCCCAGCUAGAUCUCCAAUGACUUUUGUUAAACAGCAAGCAACUAGUGAUGAAGAACUGCCUGAAACUACCUUAACUGAAGAGGAAGUUCAAGAGACAGAGACAUGGGCCAGGCCUUUGGUCUACCUUUGGCAGACAAGAGGACCCAAUUUCAAUGCUGAAAAAGAGUAUAACGCAGCUUGUGCAAAAAAGGAACCACACUGUGCCAUUUGCACUCUUCUCAUGCCAUACUACAAGCCAGACAGUCAUGAUGAAGAGAGUCCUACUUUCAGGGAAGCAAACUCAGCAGAAACAUUGAUGUCUGAAAAUGAAAAGACUAAACCUCUUAUUCCAGAGAUGUGUUUUAUCUAUAGUGAAGAAAACACUGAAAACUAUCCAUCAAAUGCCUUUAUCGAAGAAGAUGGAACAAGUCUUCUGAUUUCCUGUGCAAAGUGUUCUGUACGGGUUCAUGCAAGUUGCUAUGGUGUUCCUUCUCAUGAAAUCCAUAAUGAAUGGUUGUGUUCUCGAUGCAGAAAAGAAGCCUGGACAGCCGAAUGUUGUCUCUGCAAUCUGAGAGGUGGUGCAUUAAAGCAAACUACUGACAAGAAGUGGGCACAUGUUAUAUGUGCAAUUGCCAUCCCAGAAGUCAGAUUUGGUAAUGUCACAGAACGUACACCGAUAGACACUAGCAGAAUACCUUUGCAAAGAUUAAAAUUGAUCCUCUUUGAACUGUAUUGUUUCAUUUUUCCAUUUGCUUUUGGAAUGACAUCUUACAUUCCAAAAUGUAUCUUCUGCAGACAGAGAAUUAAGAAAAUCUCUGGUGCCUGCAUUCAGUGUUCAUAUGGAUGCUGCCCGGCCUCUUUCCAUGUUACCUGUGCCCAUGCUGCAGGAGUGCUGAUGGAACCUGAUGACUGGCCAUAUGUUGUCUACAUCACGUGUUUCAGGCACAAGAUCAACCAAAAUGUGAGAGCUAAAGCACGUGAGAAAGCCAUUACAGUUGGGCAGACGGUCAUUGCAAAACAUAGGAAUACACGAUACUAUAGUUGCAGAGUCAUAGGAGUGACAUCUCAACUUUUCUAUGAAGUCAUGUUUGAUGAUGGCUCUUUCAGUCUGGAUACUUUUCCUGAAGACAUUGUGAGCAGAGACUGCAUAAAGCUGGGCCCACCUGCAGAGGGAGAGGUUGUCCAAGUGAAGUGGCCUGAUGGAAAACUGUAUGGCGCAAAAUAUCUGGGAACAAACACAGCUCACAUGUAUCAGGUUGAGUUUGAAGAUGGUUCUCAAAUAGUAAUGAAGAGAGAAGAGAUCUAUACACUAGAUGAAGAACUUCCUAAGAGAGUAAAAGCACGUUUUUCCACAGCCUCUGACAUGAGAUUCGAGGACACGUUUUAUGGAACAGAUAUUAUCUUGGGAGAGAAGAAGAGGCAGAGAGUAUUGAGUUCCCGCUUUAGGAAUGAAUAUGUGGAUGAUCCAGGAUACCGCACCUUCUUAAAAAGCUCAUUCCAGAAGAAAUGCCAGAAGGGGCUGUAAAGCAAGCAAGGAGGAGAGGGGGAUGUUGAUUAAAAAGCAUGUGGCAUUAUUUGCAAUUGGUUUCGGUUUAAUUGAACACAUGGUUUUGCAGUGAACUAAUCCGUACACCAGCCUCGUAAGCUGAACUACUUGAGUUCUGAUUUCUUCAGUUAAUGUGUUAAAGAUUUUGUAACAUUUUGCAUUAUGAAACUAAGGGGGAAACCAAGUGAGAGUAAGGGGGACUGCACAGUGGUAUGCUGAAGAAGACUUCCAGUCUUGCUCAUAUUGAAAUAAAUGGUAAAAUUCCUUUUGAAUUGUGAGAGAAGAUUCACAUACAGAGACAGAGGAGACAUUUUAGUAAACAGAUAAUUUCAGUGGCUCCAUUUUUCUGCACAUAGGAAAGGGUGUUAAGUUUGAUAAUAAAAGUUUUUAUAAAACAUUUUUUAAGCAAGUGCAAAUAUGUACAGUAUUGAGACAAAAGCUGUACUUAACGUUGUACAGUGCUUUUACAUUUUUUUGCCACUGCUGCUUUCAGUAGGGUUUGAUGUGUACUCAACUGUUGACUUUAAUAUUUUUGGCUUUUAAGAAAGAUAUCUUAGCACAACAAAGGUGUUUUGUACAUUUAAAGAGACAGAUUUUGGCAGUUAUUUUUAAACGUGUUUUUGAUAAGGUCUAUUAAAAACAGCUAUUUGUAAAAUAUGAUUUUCUUUCAUUAUGUGUAUGAAAAAUUAGAGUUUAAAUAUAUAUGCUUAACAGACUAGUUUUGGAUGAAUAUAUUAUGGUCUUCCUUUAAAAAUAAUAUUCUA